AUGAUGGACAUUAUGCGAAUGGAUGCACAAGCAUUCAUUUUAUUGAAAGACGCCUUACUUCAAAAUGACUUUAUCGAUACUGAACAUAUGCACACCAGUGUCGAGAAAUCAGAUUGUGUCGGUGCUAUCGAUGGCACAUUGGUGGAUGCAUGGGUCUCUGCUUUAAGACAAAAUAUAUUCCGCGGUCGCAAAUCUACGGUAUCGCAAAAUGUACUUGCAGUUUGCGACUUCGACAUGUUGUUCACAUUUAUUAAUUCUAGAUGGGACGAUAGCGCUCACGACAACGUUGUUUUAGUUGAUUCUAUUACAAGAGUUGAUCUACAGUUCCCACACCCACCCAAUGAUAUGGAUCCGUUCUUUAUGGAAGUUGAUAAUGAAAUGGUGGCAAAAGUGGAAGCAAACGGGUUUGUUGGAGACCAAGCUGACUAUGCUGACAUGUCACAACAUGAGUUGACGUACCAAUUGAACUUUAAGGAUGCAAUUGCUACUGCUAUGUGGCAAAAUCAUGUUGGCCAUGGAUAG